AGUCCCACAAAAGAUCCUGUCUAUAAAGCUGAGUAUACCUUUAGGACUUCCACCGCCAGAAGUCUCUGCGGCUUAGCGGGAGGUGAGAUUUGCCUCGUGCUUUGAGCGGCUAUCGGAAUGCGCGUUUGAAUCUCUAUGGCGGAAACAAUUAGGAUGAACUGGGACACAGAGCUAAACUCUAUACUGAUUGCAACAGAUGCCAACAUGGCCAAAGUUAAGCAUCGUCUGAACCCAGCCAGUAUAACUUCCAAAGCUGGUUUAUUGCUGGACAGAAUAAACCCAGAGAGUGCUGUUCUGACUGAGCCACCACCCUUGCAUAUCACAUGUGCUGCUCACCACUGCUGUAGAAUGGCCACCGAGGAGCUCUCAGCCAUCAGCAAGCAGCUGCAUUCACAAGCCCAGGUCAUAGAAUCCCUCACUCAGGCUAUACAUCGACUGAAACAGGAGAAGGAACUGCAGCAGCACAGUAUCAGUCACCUAAAGGAAGAGGUGGAUCGACUGCAGCACAGCCCCCAUAGUGGCUUGGAAUUGGUGCUGGGACAGAGUGUGGAAGGGCUGAAGAAUGAACUUCAUAAUCUUCAGAAGCAGAUGCUUCAGCAGCCUGAUGGUGAUUGCACCCAUGAUCUGUAUUCCAAUCCUGCCAUUGUGCAAGAUAUGUUGGAGAGCAAAAAAGUCCUGUGGCGAGAGUAUGAGUCCAUCAGAAGAGAGAUGGAGCAGCUGAAACAAAAACUUGAUCAACAAGAGGAAGAUUUGUUCAAUCAGGUGUCUGUGACUCAUGAGAUUAGAAGGACUCAAAGUCAGUACUGUAAGAUGCUGGAAGAUCUGAUGAACAGUCAUAAAACUCAGAUUCAGGAUUUGGACAGAGCUAGGAGUGAGACACAGGGCACUCAGCAGGAACUCAGUAACGUCAAAUCCACAGUUAUCAACCUAAGAGAACAAGUGAAAAGUCUGCAUGCUGAGGACAAGCUAAGUGCUAUGCCACUGAGGAAGGAAAGCAUUCAUCUGAAAAAAAGAAAUGGAUUACUGCAUGACGAUAUUUUAUCAUCCUUUCUGUGUGAUGAUUCAGCUUCCGAGCUAAGUCUCACUGAUGUCAGCUCAGAUGAACUCCUCAGUGAACAAGAAAUUGCAGAACUUGCUGAUGACAAGGAGAUUUCCAUACGGAGCUUGGAGAUGGAGAAGAGCACCUCUGGAGGAAAGGCUGGUAGCAUGUUAGAGGGAGCAGAACUUAACAGUGGAUUGUCCAGUAGUCUGUCUGAGCUGAGCUUGAGUGACAUGUAAAGCUUCACCAAAAGACUGGCUCAUUAUUUCUAACAAAAAAAAAUUAAAGAGAGGAAAAACUUAGGGUCUGCUCUCCUGUAUGCUUUUUGUACAGAUGCAACCUGGGGUAGAAAGGGGCAUUAGCUUGGUGUGUAACUAGAAUGAUGUUAAUACAUUAAAGAAUGAUGUGGGGGCUUGAAUCUGUUCAA